AUGGAAGUCCUCAACCAGACUGAGGUCACGGAGUUCAUCAUGGUGGGCUUCCCAAACCUCCAGCGCUUCCACAAGCCCCUCUUCCUUUUGCUCCUCCUUGUCUACCUCUUCACCAUCUUCGGCAACCUGCUCAUUUUCACCAUCAUCCGCACCGACCCCAAGCUCCACACGCCCAUGUACUUUUUCAUCAGCAUCUUGUCCUUCUUGGAGAUCUGGUAUACAGCCACCACCAUCCCAAAGAUGCUCUCCAACCUGCUUAGGGAAAGGAAGAGCAUCUCCUUUGCCGGAUGCCUCCUGCAAACUUAUUUCUUCCACUCGCUGGGGGCCACUGAGUGCUACCUGCUCACAACAAUGGCGUAUGAUCGGUACAUCGCCAUAUGCAACCCUCUCCGCUACCCAUCCAUCAUGACAACCAAGCUGUGUGUUCAAAUGGCUGCUGGGUGCUGGAUCUGUGGCUUCAUGUGUCCUGUCACUGAAGUCAUCAAGCUCCCUUUCUGCGGCCCCAAUAAGAUUGAGCACAUCUUCUGUGACUUCCCACCAUUGCUCAGCUUGGCCUGCACUGACACCUCCAUCAACGUCUUGGUUGACUUUGCGGUCAACGCCUUCAUCAUCCUAGUGACCUUCCUGCUCAUCAUGGUCUCCUAUGUGAAGAUCAUCCAGUCCGUCCUGAAGAUCCAGGCGGCCGAGAGUCGUGAGAAGGCUUUUUCCACCUGCGCCUCCCACCUGACGGUUGUCUUGCUCUUUUUCGGAAGCAUCAUUUUUAUGUAUGUCAGGCUGAAGAAAAGCUAUUCUUUGGAAUAUGACAGAGCAUUCGCCGUGAUCUAUGCUGUCCUCACGCCAUUGGUCAACCCAAUCAUCUAUAGCUUGCGGAACCAAGAAAUCCUAAGAGCGAUAAAGAGGAGGAUCAGGAUGAAUAUGGCAGAGCUUCUGUCAUGA